CGGCUACUGGCUUGGUGUUAUUCUUUUGUGCUGUGAGGUUAUGAUCUAUAUUUUUUUCUAUAUUUCUAUAUUUUUUUGUAUUAGCUAUGUGUAAAGGUUUCUCUCAAAGGAAUACUUCACCCACAAAAUGACCAUCUGCUAAUCGGUCACACAUUCUCCAUUCUCAGGUGAAGAAACAGCUGCUCACUAUGGAACCAAAGGACAUACCAAAACCUCGAUGGAGUGUGGGCUCCAACUCUGGUCUACAGUAUGGCUCUUUUGCAAACAGCCUUUCAUCACUUACACCGAGGGCAGAGGAAGACGAGAAACCAGGAAUAUCACCCAGACGCGCCUACAUAGCUGUAGCCGUGCUCUGUUAUGUCAACUUGCUUAACUACAUGGAACGAUACACAAUAGCAGGUGUCCUCGCCAACAUACAGCAAUUCUUUGAUAUAAAAGAUAGUACGGCUGCACUUAUACAAACAGUUUUCAUCUGCAGUUUCUUGCUUUUGGCACCGCUCUUUGGUUACCUUGGGGACCGUUACAAUCGGAAAUACAUCAUGAUUGGUGGUUUGAGCGUGUGGCUUUUGACAGCAGCUGGCAGCUCUUUUGUCACCGCGUCGCACUUCUGGCUUCUGAUGCUGUUGCGAGCCAUGGUCGGGGUAGGAGAGGCCAGCUACUCAACCAUUGCUCCCACCAUCAUUGGUGACCUCUUCGUUGGGACUCAACGGAGCACCAUGAUCCUUGUCUUUUACAUCUUAAUCCCUGUCGGAAGUGGUCUUGGAUACAUAUUAGGAGCAGGGGUUGCUACUAUCACAGGAGACUGGCGCUGGGCUCUUAGGAUCACUCCCAUCUUGGGUGUGUUAGGACUUGUCCUGCUGGUCUUCUUAUGCCCUAACCCACCCAGAGGUGCUGCAGAAACCCACGGAGAAGGAGUAACAGGGAAGAGCUCUUACCUGGAGGACGUCAAGUAUCUUCUGAAAACUAAAAGUUAUGUGUGGUCAUCGUUUGGAGUGACAGCGACGGCCUUUCUCACUGGAGCCCUGGCUUUCUGGAUGCCUACUUUUCUGUCCAGAGCUCAGGUCAGUCAGGGUCUCCAACCACCAUGCGUCAAAGAGCCCUGCAACCCCACAGACAGUUAUAUCUUCGGCGCUGUGACGGUGGUGACGGGCGUUCUGGGAGGGUGUCUUGGCAGUGGUUUGUCAAGGUGGUUUAGGGACAAAGUCCCAAAUGCGGAUCCAAUCAUCUGUGCUAUAGGCCUGCUAGGAUCGGCUCCUUGCCUCUUCAUCACCAUCUUUGUGGCGUCAGCAAGCAUCCCCGCCACUUAUGUUUUCAUUUUCUUUGGUGAAGUAUUGAUAUCACUCAACUGGGCUGUCAUGGCUGAUAUACUGCUGUAUGUUGUCAUACCAACCAGAAGAUCCACAGCCGAGGCUCUUCAGAUUUCAGUCUGUCAUCUCCUGGGUGAUGCUGGGAGUCCUUACUUAGUUGGAGCGAUCUCUGAUGCCGUACGUGGAUCUCGAUCUGCAACUUUCGAUUUGAACUUCCGCAGUCUGAAGUACAGCCUCCUGAUAUGCCCAUUUGUUGGUCUUCUGGGUGGACUAUUUUUCCUGCUGUCUUCUUUCUACAUUAGUGACGACAGAAAGGCAGCUAUGCAAUUGGUUGAAGGAGAUCCUCCACCACAGCAGGGUCCUGAGCCCCAUAUGGAACUGAACAACGAGGACAAAAGCAGCAACUAUGCAAAUAAUGUAUCUGUAAAUAUUUAAACGUAACUUAAAAACUACUGAUGUUGACAACAGGAUGUUGGAGUUCAUUUGCAGAGAUCCAUUUUUGUCACUGUACAGUCGUAUACUGAUAACAGAAAUUGUAUUUUUUAACAGAUUAAGUCAAUGGUUGAUGUUAUUUGUAUUUCCCAAAAUUCGCCUAUAAGGGCUUUAAGUUUGUACAGCGUACAACACCCUCUAGACCCUUGUUUCCAUAUUUUUGAGUAAAAGUGGAAACACUUACCUUUUCUCAGUACUUUAAAAAAUAUUGAACUUGUUUGCUGACCUGUUAAUGUUAUUUCAAUGUGACCUUUCAUUCAGGGGCACUGUGCAGUAUACUUGAAAAGUACAUGCAUAUAUUUUCUUAAUGGAAAUGUUGUUUUUCAUUUUUCAAUAAAUUUUCAUGUAAAGCCA